AGGCACCUCGUCGCUGGCUCCGCCGAUCUGCUCCGGUUAUCUCGCGGGUCAGAUUGUUUGCUACUCUGUUUUGUGCUCUGCUUAUAGCUCAAUAAAAUACCCAAGUUCAAGGAGGCGGGAUUUAAUCGCCAGUACCAAAACAGCCCUCGUGCACUUGUUUAGCUCCUCCGUCUGUUGAAUCUGGUGGUUCAGCACAACCGCAGAGCAGGCCAUACAAGAGAGGGACAGCAUCUUUCUGAGUUCAUGAGGAUCUUGUUUGCUUAUGUAUGCUAAUUUCUCUAUACAUUGCACAAGUUGUUCUACAAUACCUACUAGCUGCUUUACUUUAUUUUAUUUAUUAUUCUACCUUUUGAUUGAUGACUAAAUAAGUCCCGACUCAUCUCUGUAAUUCUCUGCAAUUGGAGUUGGAGAGACACUCUUUCUUUCUUUCUUUCUUAAAGAAAAGUUCGACUUGUUUAUGCUUUGCUUCUUUGAACAGCCGCACAAGAUAGGGAGCACAAGUUCUUAUCGAUAGCGGUAGAAGAAGCCUACCGAGCAGUCGACCGUGGUCACGGACGCCCAUUUGGCGCGGUCGUGGUCCGCAACGACGAAGUAGUAGCCAGUUGCCAUAACAUGGUUUUGAAGAACACCGAUGCAACAGCACAUGCCGAAGUAACUGCAAUAAGAGAGGCCUGCAAGAAGCUUGGGAAGAUCGACCUGUCGGAUUGCGAAAUGUAUGCUUCCUGCGAACCUUGCCCGAUGUGUUUCGGCGCUGUUCGUCUAUCCCGGAUCAAGAGGCUGGUGUAUGGAGCCACGGCAGAAGCUGCUAUUGCCAUGGGAAGCUGCUACCAGAAUGCCAACCUGGAGAUAAAGCGAGCAGAUGGGAAUGGAGCCCUGCUUGCUGAACAAGUCUUUCAGAACACCAAGGGGAAAUUUCCAAUGUACUAAUGUGUAGAUAAAGACGACAUUGAUGUGAUUUCACAUCACGGAAGCCCUUGAUGCUCAGAAAAAAAUAAUGCAAUUGUCAAAAAUCUGUCAUUGGUGAUGAACUACAAACAGUCAAAUACAGUAGCAUAUAUAACAUGUGAUUCUGAUUUGACCUUACUUAA